GUACAAGGCAUUGUUUAAAACCGACAAUAUUAUAGAAAGCGAACGUUGAUUUAACCCACUCACAUGGGGAAGGAAAUUUGCUUAUUUCCAUAUAAUAGAAAAGUGUCAACCCUCAGUCAUGUGAGAUUUGACAUUCAAGCCGUCAAUUUCCCGUCAGUUUUCCGUUUAACCCAACCCCUACAACUCCCGACUCUCUCGACGAAGAUUUCGAAACCGGGAGUGACGCUUUCAAACUUGAAGAAGUUCUCGAAGCACCACCGACGACGCCCGAUCUCAUGGGAGACGGAGUGGCUGGUGUUGUGAUUCUCGAUUUUAGUGAGACAUGAGACAGAGGAAGAUGCGAACCCACGCCAACGAACGGGAACGAGGAAGGACUCAAAGUGUCAAUGGAGCAUUUCAACAUCUCAGGGAUCUCAUUCCCACCGAACCCAUGGACCGAAAACUAUCCAAGAUUGAAACCCUAAGAUUGGCCACCUCGUACAUUGAGCAUCUGGCCACUGUUCUCCAUUGCCCAGACAGUAUACCAGCCCCUUGUUUGGCCGGGACCAACGAUAUCCUCGGUCCAGUCGAUCCGGGCAUGGUUCAUCGCCAUCAAAGGCAGAUUUGCACGUUUUGUCUGUCGCAUUUGAAGAGGAGCUCGGAUAAGAAGCCGGGACAAGAUAUGCCUGAUUCCCUCCCAAGUCAUUAUCUGGUUGAAUACAAUGAAUCCAUGGAGAAAUCCGACUCGAGCAUUCCAGUCAGUGACACCUUUGCCACGUUUUCCAACUCAUAUUACGGUUUGUAAUCGAGUGGAUUCCAUCCGAUAUCCUCUCAUUGGUGCUAAAUGAUAUUUGAGAAGUAAUAAAAUUCAAGUCCCGUUGCGUGAAUUUGCUCGUCAGUGUCUUGGCUAAACAUGUCUUUGAUAGGUUUUCGGAUAAUCAAUUAGGGGUUCAGUCACUCCAUUACAAUCAUCCUUUGAGGUUGGGGUUCAUCAAUCAACGUGGAACACCAUUUGUCCCACUUUUGAACCAGUUUAGGCAUGCAAAUACGGCCGUGUAAGUAUUCCUCGUCAUUUCGAGAAGGGACAUCCCGCCUUGGCUUUCACCCAAAAAGACGACGAUAUACAAUCAAAUAUUCAUCCGCCCUGACAAUCUCCAGUUGAGCGCCUGAAGCCCGGAGUUUUAGUCCUUCAUUUGAGAAACACACACGUUAAGAAGAGUACCAAAUGUACCUGACUUUCUCAUCCGGCGAUCAUACAUCAACUCUAUGGGGGCAAUGGCCUACUUUCGGUUAAUGCCAUGUUCUUUGAUUGCUAUUCUCGUUAGAGAACAGAGAAAUUGGGGAAGAGGUCAGGAAAGGUGCAAGAAGGCCUUUUCAAUCCUUGGAUUGACGCUUAUCAAAACAAACCUGCCUUCCAAAUGUGGUGAGAACUUUGCGCAACAU